UGUCGCCUGGGGGACCGGUCCAGUGGCGGGUGGGCUUCGUCUACCGGUUGUGUGAUCCUUCCCCGCGGCCGCGCUUCUUGUCUCUUCCUGGCGUGUUUAUGACGAAGCUGCGCCGGCUGGGGGGGGACCCGGGCUCGCCCUCCGCGGCCGCCUGCUAAGGCCCGGGAACGCCGCGCGGCUUCCGGGGGUGCGGGCGGGCUCCGCCGCGCCGGGCGGAUCUGCGACCUCGCUGGUGACCCGGCCGCCCCCCGCCGAAGGUCUCCUAUCUCGCGCCUCACACUCGGUGCGUGCCGCGCUUCACCGGGGCAAGCGCUUUGCAUUUGUUAGAUUCCGAGCGUUCAUUUUGUGGAGAGUAAUUUUGAAGAUAUCAGAGAAUAAACGACGUUUGAAGAGUUUUUAAAGUAAAGUGAGAAUGUGAAAUGGUAGUCUGGGGUUUGCUUCACGUUGUGGGCCAAAACGCCCCCGAAGCCCGGUCGCCAACUCCACCGGACGUCGUCGCUCUGAGGGCGGCCGGGCCGCGGGGCGAGCCUGAGGUGCCGAGCGACCCGAGAAGAGAUGAGGCGAUGGGUGCAAGGCCCAGUAGUCGGUGCGUAAACGAUAGGGACGAUUUUUAUUGUGAGGCCUGUAAUUUUGUGACUUCAGUUUUUGUUUGCUUCUUUCACCUAUUGUCGAUUUCCUAAUAAUCGCCAACCACAAAAUUCGUUAUUAAACGUGAGAAGCAGUACCCGCAUCCUGCAGUGGCUGGAAAACGACUGAAAUUUUUGAGAAUGGAGAAGGCAAAGUGGCCAGAAGUGUGACUCCUAGCGACAGAGGCCGCCCUAACUGGGAUCCAGGAAAAACAGGAAUGAGAAGUGCCUGUGAUUGAUGUCCUUUCGUUCCCCUAGAUCGAGGCUUAGAGAUGCUGAAUCCGCCGUCAAUAAGUUACAGAUCACUUUCCCGUUGUGAAAUCAAGUAGUAAUUCAUAAUUGAAAGUCAUUCAGAUAAUAAAAAAAGCUUUAAGUUUACACCAUGGAUAGCACCAAGGAGAAGAAUGGCAGUUACAAAGAUGAUCUUCUGCUUAGGAUGGGACUUAAUGAUAAUAAAGCCGGAAUGGAAGGAUUAGAUAAAGACAAGAUUAACAAAAUUAUAAUGGAAGCCACGAAAGGGUCCAGAUUUUAUGGAAAUGAGCUCAAGAAAGAAAAGCAAGUCAACCAACGAAUUGAAAAUAUGAUGCAACAAAAAGCUCAAAUUACCAGCCAACAGCUAAGGAAAGCACAAUUACAGGUUGACAGAUAUGCAAUGGAAUUAGAACAGAGCCGGGAUCUGAACAAUACUAUAGUGCACAUUGACAUGGAUGCUUUCUAUGCGGCUGUAGAAAUGAGGGACAAUCCAGAAUUGAAGGAUAAACCCAUUGCUGUAGGAUCAAUGAGUAUGUUGUCUACCUCAAAUUACUAUGCAAGAAGGUUUGGUGUUCGUGCAGCCAUGCCAGGAUUUAUUGCUAAAAGACUCUGCCCACAACUUAUUAUAGUGCCCCCAAACUUUGACAAAUAUCGAGCUGUGAGUACAGAGGUUAAGGAAAUACUUGCUGAUUAUGAUCCCAAUUUUCUGGCCAUGAGUCUUGAUGAAGCCUACUUGAAUAUAACAAAGCACUUACAGGAAAGACAAAAUUGGCCUGAGGACAAAAGGAAGUAUUUCAUCAAAACAGGGAACCCUCUAGAAAAUGGCAUUGCCCCAAAUACAAUGUUAGCAAAAGUAUGCAGUGAUAAGAAUAAACCAAAUGGACAAUACCAAGUUCUCCCCAACAGACAAGCUGUGAUGGACUUCAUCAAGGACUUACCCAUUAGAAAGGUUUCUGGAAUAGGAAAAGUUACAGAGAAAAUGUUAAAGGCACUUGGAAUUAUUACUUGUACAGAACUCUACCAGCAGAGGGCAUUACUUUCUCUUCUUUUCUCUGAAACAUCUUGGCAUCAUUUUCUUCAUAUUUCCCUGGGUCUAGGUUCAACACACCUGGCAAGGGAUGGAGAAAGGAAAAGCAUGAGCAUUGAGAGGACAUUCAGUGAGAUAAGUAAAGCAGAAGAACAGUAUAACUUGUGCCAGGAACUUUGCAGUGAACUUGCUCAAGAUCUGCAGAAAGAAGGACUAAAGGGUAGAACUGUUACCAUUAAACUGAAGAAUGUAAAUUUUGAGGUAAAAACUCGUGCAUCUACAGUUUCAUCUGUUGUUUCUACUACAGAAGAAAUAUUUGCUAUUGCUAAAGAGUUGCUAAGAACAGAAAUUGAUGCUGAUUUUCCACAUCCCUUGAGAUUAAGACUUAUGGGUGUACGAUUAUCUAGUUUUCCCAAUGAAGAAGACAAGAGACACCAACAAAGGAGCAUCAUUGGCUUCUUACAGGCUGGAAACCAAUCUCAGUCAGCCCCUGGGUGUAUACUAGAGAAAACUGACAAAGAUCAGUUUCUAAAAUCUUUAGAAAUGUCUCAUAAGAAGAGUUUCUUUGAUAAAAAGCGAUCAGAAAGGAAUUGGAGCCACCAAGACACAUUUAAAUGUGAAGCUGUGGAUAAGCAAAGUUUACAGACAUCACAUUCAUUUCAAGUUUUAAAGAAGAAGAUGAACGAGAAUCUCAAAACAUCAGAGAAUUCAAAUAACUCUCAGAUAUUUACUUGUCCCAUUUGCUUUAGAGAGCAAAGAAGCAUCAGUCUAGAAGCCUUUAAUAAACAUGUAGAUGCAUGUCUUGAUGGACCUUCAAUCAGUGGAAUCUCUAGCGUGUUCUCACAUUCACAUGCUUCCUCUACAGAAGUUAACAAGAAAGAAAAUGUAUAUCCUUCUUUCUCACAGAGUGAGAAACAGGAUUAUGAAACCCAUCAGAGGAAUUCAGAAAUCAAUUUUAUAGAGCUACCAGAGACUGAAGAUAACCCAGCUAAAGCAGAAAGUGUAGAUGCUUUAAGUGAUAAGCACAGCAAAGAGGAAUGUGCUAGUCUUCCAAGUAAACCAUUUAAUAUUGAAAAAUGUUGUCAGAAUUCUUCCUCUACUGUUUCAUUGGAAGAUAUUGCGUCAUUAAGUCGGCAAGAAUCCUCCCAGCCUUAUUUACAAGCUCUAGUUUGUCCUGUUUGUAACCUAGAACAAAAGACUUCAGAUCUUACCCUGUUCAAUGUGCAUGUGGAUGUAUGCUUAAAUAAGGGCAUUAUCCAGGAACUGAGAAAGGAUAAAGUUAACCUAGCUAACCAACCCAGAGAAAACACCAAAAGUACUGAUAACUCAGGCAGAGUGCAGAAGACUGCAACAAAACCAAAAAGGCCGGGAUUGAUGACAAAGUACUCAGCAUCAAAGAAAACAAAACCAAACAAUUCCAGACACACUCUUGAUGUAUUUUUUAAAUGAACAUUGAACAUUUUCUCACUGAACGUUUUAUUGAUAGAAACUUGUUAUUUUAUAAUCAAUGAAUCUCUUCUUCUUCAUUAAGUUUAUGGAUUCAUGUAGUGAAAGGCAAGUGCAAUAAUUCCUUCCCAAAUGACAUUUCCUUUAUAUGAAUUUGGAAUAUGUACUAAUUAACUUCUGUAAACACCUUUGGGAUAACCAUGAGAAUUUCACUUCUAUUAUAUAUCAAUCAGAAAUUGGUCCUGUUAGAGAUAAUUUUAAAAUGAGAAAUUAGGAAUGGAAUCAGAAAGUGAUUUGUUUCUUUAUCAUGUUUUAUAGUGAAUAUAAAAACAUAUUUUUAAAAAUAUAUUUAUAAGAGCUCUCAGGUUCACACAAACCUAGUUUAGCAUAAGAAUUUUUCAGUACUGAGCCACCUGGGUGGCUUAGUGGGGUAAGGUUAAGCAUCUGAUUCAUAAGGGGUUCUGAGAUCAAGCCCUGCAUGGAGCUUUGUGCUCAGUGGGAAGUCUGCUUGAGAAUUUUCUUUCUCUCCUUCUGCCCCUCCUCCUGCUCAUGCUUGCACUCUAUCUCUCUCUUUUUCUGUGUCAAAUAAAUUUUUAAAAAUCUUUUUUAAAAAAAAAGAAUUUUUCAGCACUGAGCCACUUUAUUGGUACUAGACCAGUAUAUUUGUUUUAGUAACUUCUACGACUUUGUAUAUUCAUAUUUUAGCUCCUAGUAUCUUCAGAUAUCUCAUGAGCAUUCAUAAUUAAAAUUUAUCAUAAGUUCUAUGAAGAAUAUUAGCUUGGCAGAACAAGGAUGAAGGUCUUGUUACCUUCAGGAAAUAGUAUCAGAGUAUUAUUUUCUGUGUUAAAAGAAUUGUUUAAAAUAGGAUUAUCCAUUUGAUUUUUUUUUUUACUUAGAAUUCCUUUAGCUUAUGAGUAAGCACAUGGUUCACUUUAAAAAAUAUUUAGUCUAAGAUUCAAAGCAAUUAAAUUUAUUUGUAGGUCUUUAAAAUGGUGGUAUUUCAUUUCUUGAGAAUAUCUCAUUUAUUUUACUUAUAUUUCUAUCAUAUUUUUAUUAAUAUUUAUGAAAGAAGACAGUAGCUUCAGUAGUUACUCCAAAUACUUUUGUGCUAUUAAUACAAUUUUUUUUUCAAAAAACAAUUAUUUAAUGGAAACAUGAAGAUGGAAGCCGUUUUGUUUUACUCCUUUAAGGAACUGAAUUUUUCGUCUCUUAUAUUUUUGUUUUUUCUUUUCCUACUUUUCAUAUUUUAUAGCUCAUUAUCUAAAUUUAUGAAGACAUAGUAUUUUAGGAAUAGGUUAAAUUAGGAUCUUAUAUAGCCUUUGGCCAAAGUGGUAACUUGACUUGAAAUUCCUAGAUUGUUUAAAAUUAGGUUUAAUAUUUAUUAGCAUGCCCAGUCUUAGGCCUAAUAUUAUCAUAUGCUAUGGUGAAUUCAGAGUUGUAGAGCUGUGGGUCUUGUGUGAUUUGUGUAUCUAAAGUCUACAAAAUCAAGUUCAGUGAAGUACUGAUUUAAUGCAUUGAAAAGUUAACAGCAUCAUAUUUAGUUGUUCCUGUCUUGCCUCAGGUUUAUUUUUAUUGCAUUUUCAACUUUAGAGUAAAUGGGAAAUUAUUUUAAUUUAGAUGAUUCAUUUAAUUGAAUGUUAUUUAGUAAUGUUUAAUAAUAAUUUAAAAUAAAAGUGGAUGUGUUUAAUUGAUCUUUUAACCAGUAAAAAUGGUUUCCUUACUUUUCUACUCUUUUCCUACUUCUGAUUCUUUCUCUUUGAUCCUCUUUGCCCAGAAUUGUCUCCAUAUUCUUUUCUGUUUUAUCUAAUGUAUCCAACUCAUCUACUUUUGUUUUUGUUACUGUUAUUUUUGGUGAGUAACCCAAUAGAGUUUUAUUAAGUGAGGAUACAGAGAAAGCUCUCAGAAGUGAGAGGGGUCCCAACAGGCUUGCCCCAACUCAUCUACUUUGUAUUAUGAUUUUGCUUUGGGGUAUUUUUAGGAAGUACAGCAAAACUACAAAGAACAAGCAUCUAUGAUCUUACCUACUCAAAAGGUGAAAAUACAGGAAACCACCUGGGAGAACAUAUUUGUGACAUAAGUAACUUGCCCAAAACUAGUAUCCAGAAUGUAUAACCUAGAAGAUAUAAAUGACUCCUAUAUAUUAGUAAGAAAAAGACAGCCAGUAGAAAUUUGGACAAAUGACUUUAAGUGUCACUUUACGUAAAAAGAAAUCCAGACUGCCGGGAAACAUGAAAACAUUCUCAGCUAUAUUAGUCAUGGGGAAACGAAAAAUAAAAUCACAAAGAGGUAUCAUUACAUCCCUACCAGAUUCAUAAAAAUGAAAAAAAUCCAAAGUUAUUAAAUUUUGGUGAUGAUAUGGAACAGUGUGAACUCAACUUUGAAAACAAUCACUUUAGAAAACAGUUUGCUCUUCUUCAGUAUGUUUGACAGGUAUGUACAUUUAACAACCCAACAAUUGCACUCUUAAAUAAACUCCUUUGCUGGUUAUCUUCCA